GUGCAGCAGCGAUUGAAGAAAAGAGAAAGCUCGUAAGCAAGUGCAAUAAACAUGGGCAACAAGAGAGUACAAUGCUGCAUCAGCGUUGACAUCGACGCUGUCGCCGGUUGGCUUGGUAGCUAUGGCGGCGAAGACUCAACCUCCGACAUAUCUCGCGGUCUCUUCGCCGGCACCAUCGGCGUACGACGUCUCCUCAAGCUCUUCGAGAAAUACAACAUCACCACAACUUGGUUCAUUCCGGGCCACAGUCUUGAGACUUUCCCGGAAGAAUGCCGCAUGAUUGCAGAUGCUGGCCAUGAAAUCGGUCUGCAUGGCUACAGUCACGAGAAUCCCAUUGCCAUGACACUCGAGCAGCAGACAGCUGUGAUGGAUAAGUGUUACAAACUGAUUACAGAGUUCCAGGGUAAGCCGCCGAGAGGCAUUGUGGCGCCCUGGUGGGAGAGUAGUCAAGAAGGAGCGGAAUUGAUGUUGAAGUAUGGGCUGGAGUAUGAUCACAGUUUCAGUCACCACGAUUGUCAAUGCUAUUGGUUGCGGACUGGAGAUAAGUGGACUCCGAUUGAUUUCAAGAAACAUCCGGAGCAUUGGAUGAAGCCUCUCGAAGGUGGACCGAUGACAGGACUUGUCGAAAUCCCUGCUUCUUGGUAUCUGGACGAUCUGCCUCCGAUGAUGUUCAUCAAAAAGGCACCGAAUAGUCAUGGCUGGGUCAACCCGCGCGAUGUCGAAGAGCUGUGGAUGGAUCAGUUUGACUAUUUCUAUCGCGAGUACGAUGAGUUUGUGUUCCCUGUGACUGUGCAUCCUGAUGUGUGCGGACAUCCUCAUGGAUUGCUUAUGCUUGAAAGAAUCAUCGAGAGAAUAAACAAGCACGAGGGUAUCGAAUGGGUGACGAUGGAGAGCAUAUGCGAUGACUUUAAGGCCAAGAGUACUCCACCAAAGGGUGCAUUGCUCCCAGCAGAGGUCGGAGCAAUUGCAAAGAAUCCAAAUCUGGAACUGAAGAAGCAGGAAUAGUAUGAACAUUGACCAGAUCAAAUCGAUGUCUGCGAAUAGAUUGACUGCAGAUCUAUUCCAAACUUCCAGCAGACUCGA